CGACGAGACAAGGUGACACCGGACGGACGGUGUGAACCACACGGUGAGGAUUUAACAGAGAUCACAGCCGCUCAAAGGGAAUAGUAGAAGGUGAGACAAGGAUGAUGAUGGGGACCGAUCCGGAGCCACAAAAAAGUAUUGUUGCAUUUGGAAAUGUGCUCCUCGACAUGAUCGUUCCCGUCGAGGGAGAUUUCUUGGACAAAAAUGGACUCCAACCAGAUACCACAACUUUAGCAGAAAACGAAAGCCAUUUACGCAUUUUUGAUCAAGUACAAGAUGGAACAUAUGCAAUACAAUAUAGUCCUGGGGGUUGUGCGGCCAAUUCCGUUCGUGUGGCUCAGUGGAUCUUGAGAUCUUCGGCUACAGUAUUCGUUGGGGCUGUGGGAGAUGACGACGAAUCGAAGAAAUUGGUGGAUUUGCUCCGUCAAGAUGGGACCAUUGUAAAAUGCCAACAUGUGACAAAAUCGCCAACUGGACGCUGUGCAGUAUUAAUAAAUGGCACAAGCAGAACUUUGGUCACCCAGUUGGGUGCCUCUGUGCAUUUCAACUUUGAAAAGUUUAUGAAUGACGAUUUCAGUUAUGUUGUCGAAAAUGCUCGUGUGAUUUAUAUUUCUGGUUACUUCCUACGAGUCUGCAUCCGGACGGUGAGAACAGUGGCAGAAAUUAUGGCCUCUAAAAGUACACAUUUAGUGGUUAACCUCAAUGCCGUGUGGGUGGUAGAAACGUUGUUUGACCAAAUCCUUGAAAUUUUUCCGUACAUGGAUUUUGUUAUCGCGAACCAACUGGAAGCAAAAGCUAUGGCCAACAUGUUAAACUUAAAGUCAACUGACGUGGCUGAAAUUGCAAAGUUCAUUUCACAGAUGCCAAAAAAAUUUGCGACGUCUCGAGUCGUGCUAAUUACGAGGGGAGAAGAUUCGUUAGUGGUUGCUAAAGAUGACCAAGUCCUCCAUUUCCCUACAGUUAAGGCGAAUAUCGUUGAUACCAAUGGAGCUGGUGAUGCAUUUGCUGGAGGUUUUUUGGCCGGCCUUUUAAAAGGGGAUGAUCUUUAUGAAUGCGUCAAAUGUGGACUUUGGGCUGCUUCAAAGAUUAUUCAACAAAUUGGGUGCAACUUUCCAAAAGAUUUGUCCUACCCAGAUUGACUUUUAUUAAUGCAUUUUUAUGAUUCGUACACUUACUACAUUUUCUACUAUUUCGUACUAUAUUAUUUGACACUACAUUCAUUUCUACAUGUUGACUCCUACAAACCCAAAUUGUCAGCUCAAUACUUCAGAUUCGAUUAAAAAUGUUGAAUAUUUUUUGUUUUUUCA